AUGUUACCGUCAUGUCGGAACUUGCUCGGUGAAACAUUGCGUUUAGCUGAACAAUCAUCGCGAACGAUAGCUCGUAUACCUCAUUAUGAAUACCACAUAAGGUUCAGCCCUAAAGAUGGCCGGAAGCGGCCAGCGCAGGAUGUCUUGGAUAGAUUCAAACGUCUCAAUAACGGAAUGUGGAUCCAUGCACAUCCUGGUAAAAGUAAACUGCGAUACGCAAAGGGUGACAAGUUCCAUGAGACGAGCUUAUACCUCGAGACAUGUACAAAGGAAGAGUGUGAGAUGUUGGAUAAAAUGAUGACUCCAUUCUGGUUACGGCGUCAUCAUUACCCGAAUGACCCGUACGCUGCUUACCACGUCCGCCAUGGCAUCAACAGUCCAAGAGUGGAUGACAAAGGGAAACUGGUGCGCGAAAGGCCUAAGGUUCUUCUUGAAGACAUCACGGCCGACCGAUACUUCCACGAUAGAUAA